AUGCUGUGGUUAACUGGUUUCCAGGCAGCAGCAGUCUUGGUGCUUUUCAUCAUACAGUUGGAGUUGGUUCCAUGUCAGACUCAGAAUGUAGGGAGUUCAAAUCAUAGCCAGGUACUGAUACUUGGAGCCGGGGCAUCAGGCUUGGCGGCGGCAAAGACUCUGGGAGAAAGAAACAUCAGCGACUUCAGGAUACUGGAAGGAUCGAACAGAACUGGUGGAAGGGUCAAAUCUGUCCAAUUUGGUGGCAAGACUGUAGAGGAAGGAGCAACCUGGAUGAUAGGUAAAGAAGGCACCCCUCUGUGGGAUGUUAUCCAGAAGUACAACGUGUCGGGGAAAAAGUCAGAUUUUGACAGUGUUUUAAUCAGAACCUUCAACGGAGACAAUGCCACGGACACAGAAGGGGAAGACGCAUGGACCAAAUUAGAAUCAGCACAAAUGACUUUAACCGAGAUCUUCAAAAGAUUUGAAGACAAGAAAGCGGCGGACAUGUCACUUCGAGCCUGUCUGGACAUUGGAGGAUGGUCCUCACGUACGCCUGUGGAAAAAGUUGUAGAGAUAUUUGACUACGACUUUGAAUAUGGAGGAACCCCUGGAGUGACUUCCUGUAACAGUGUCGGUAUAAAUACAGAUGCCGUCGACGAUCUGUACUAUGUUAUGGACGAAAGAGGUUUUGAGUUCAUACUUAAGACAUACGCUGAAGAUGCAUUAUUACCCAAUGAUCAGCGACUACAUCUGAAUGAAGUCGUCACAGACAUCACCUACAACGACACUACAGUGACAGUUACCACCCAGAACGGGAAUGUCUUCACGGCAGACGUUGUCAUCGUUACUUUCAGUAUUGGAGUCCUGAAAAGUGGCUCUGUGACCUUCAGCCCACCACUCCCAGACUGGAAGAUCGACAAUCUGUUUCGAGUCAGGUUAGAAAACUAUCUCAGUGUAUAUCUCAAAUUCCCUAACACCUCAUCUAGGUUCUGGGACAACACCGAAUACAUCCUGUACGCUGAUGAAAGACGAGGCGUCUUUCCAGUCUGGCAGAACCUAGAGGCUGAAGGACUGUUUCCCAAUGGAACCAAUAUUCUCCAGAUGGUGACACAAGGGGAAGAUGCGGACAGAGUGUCGGAACUGACUGAUGCAGAAAUCACAGCUGAGGUGAUGGCCAUCCUCCGGCGUGUCUACACCAACGUUGACGACCCGGAAGAUGUAUUCAUCACCAACUGGAAGACUAAUCCGUUGUACAGGGGAUCCUUUUGCAACAUGGAACCACUGGCAUUCAACUCUGUGAUCUUUGAAGCCAUACGGGCUCCUGUUGGGAACGUUUUCUUUGCAGGGGAAGCUUAUGACAGGGAGUUCUCCUGCUAUGCAACUGGAGCAACGAGGAGCGGAAUCUACACUGCAGAUAAAGUGGUUGCAUAUCUCUCCACUGGCCAUUCUGGAAUGAAACAAGCUGAUGUGAAAUCAAUUAUUGGUUUACUCUUACUGUUUGUAAUAACAAGCAUGUAA